GUAAGGAUCAUGUCUUCAGUCCAUGGGAAUAUGCGCGUCGGUGAGCUGAAUCCUUUCCAGAUGUUUCAUGAAGGAGCCCUGCAGAUAAGCAGCAUGGUGAACUCAGACUACGGAGCGUCAGAUGUUCCAAACUACUUCAACUCUGCUAACGCAGUGCAGAGGGCGGACAAAUGCGUGGCAAUCUUGACCCACAGGAGGAAGAGGACUAACUUCACCCAGCAGCAGAUUGAGGUGCUGGAGAAAGUUUACUUUGACACCAAAUAUCCUGACAUCUACCUGCGGGAGAGGCUGGAGGCUCUGACCGGGCUGCCCGAGUCAAGGAUUCAGGUGUGGUUUCAGAACAGAAGGGCAAAAUCUCGUCGUCAGGUUGGCUCAUCAGUGUCACUGAAGGCGGCCAACCCGCCUGCAGCUGGCCCAUUUAGCCAAAUCCAGAAUAGGAUGGGAACAGACAAAGUUUUUGACAACCAUGCAGCUGAAGCUCACAGGAUAGCAGGAUUUGGACUGGAAGACAGUUUCAGACCCACAAUGUUACAGAACCCAGAGGAACCUCACAGAACCAGUAUUCCCACCAAACCCAGCAGCAGCAGCAGCUAUGAGCCAACGCCUCUGUCCUGCAUUUACGACAAAGAGGGAACCAGAGUGAAACCCGAGCAGAUCCAACAACACGAGCUGAGUGUGAACGUACCCUGCUGUAACGUGCAUCUGUGUCCCAAAGAGAAGAAUCAACAUGCCAACAUGGCAAGCACCCAGGGUCCAAAGGUUCUUGUAGAGUACGAUAAUUUCCCUCCAAACAAGACCAUCGGACCAGAGAUGAAGGUUGUGAUCCCUCCUAUUCCGACCCAGAAUACCUUCAGCAGAUCUUCACCAAAGGAGAAUGGUUGUCAAAUCCAGUAUCCACGCAUGAGGAGCACAGGGGACAGGUUCUGUCACUUCUCCCCGAUCCAUGGCACCGAGGCGCAGGACUUCACCGACUCAGACUCUGACUGGGAGAAUGAAGCCAUGGUUGGCUUUGGCAGCUUCAUGUGA